CCUUAACUUUCUUUUCUUUUCUGUAUAGACUCUGAUUCCUUGAUUUUGGUUCGUGCACACUCUGUUUCUGAUUGAUUAUGCAUCUUUUGUAACAUAGCAAUUCCAUCAUCUUGCAGUCCCUACUCCCUCUCACCACCACAUAAACCUCCCCACCGGCAUCAUGUCCGAAACCCACCCCGACGCAACAGAGACAGCGCCGCAAUCAACGCCGCAAAAGAAGCUCUUCACGCAUCAGUUCCAAUUCCCCGCAGCCACAGCAGCCACAGCCACAGCCAGCUCCUCCUCCUCGUCGGCAUCGUCAUCCCAACCAAAGGAUACCAGCAACAAGGACGAACACGUACCCCCGGGGUACACCAAGCUCCCGAAUGGAGUCAUCCUCGACAAAGAAGGCAAACCAUGUCGCCUCUGCACCUCCGCCGCCUCCUGGCGCGCCCUAACCCAAAAAGCCAAAGCCACUGCCACACCCGCACCCACACCAUCCACCAUUCCCUCAAACCCCACCUCCCAAAAAUACAACCAAUGCCCCCCAGACGUCGAGGAACUAGGCCGCUCCACCUGGACCUUCCUGCACUCGCUGACGGCCUCGUACCCGGCGCAGGCGUCGCCGGAGCAGCAGACGGAGAUGCGCACGUUCCUGGGCAUCUUCUCGCGGCUGUACCCGUGCUGGGUGUGCGCGGACGAUUUCCGCACCUGGAUGGCCGAGCCCAGCGGGCAGAACGCGCCGCGGCUGGCCGGCCGCAAAGAGUUCGGGGACUGGAUGUGCCGGGCGCACAACGAGGUGAAUCGGAAGCUGGGCAAGGAUGAGUUCGAUUGUCGGUUCUGGGAGGAGAGGUGGCGCACGGGGUGGAAGGAUGGGCGGUGUGAUUGAGUACUGGAUAAACCUUGGGGAAGAGGGGAGGGGGCUGGUUGUCGGGGAGGUGUUCUUUACUUGGUAGUUGCUUGUUGGAUUUACGGCAGUCAGGGUGGGAUGUGUAAAUCUUGGGAUAUGUGAAUAGCGCUGUAAGUGCUGGGGCUGUUUUUGUAUACUAUUUUUCUUCUUCGCAUAGCACAGGAAGGCCUCGGUUCUCUACUCUUGUCUUCUGAAGUGGAGUUGGGAGGAUUUAAAUGUGAUUAUCAUCUUGCC